AUGGGGAGCUCCGACAACGAAAGAAGCAUCCACGUCCUUCUCGUCCCAUUCCCGGUCCAGGGCCACAUCAACCCGCUACUCCAGUUCGGCAAGCGCCUCGCGAGCCACAGCGGCGUCCGGUGCACCCUCGCCGCGACCCGUUUCGUCGUCAACUCCACCAAACCAACCCCGAGCUCGGUGCACGUCGCCGUCUUCUCGGACGGCUGCGACGGUGUCGGCCCCGGCGAGCUAGGAGGGGUGGGCGCCCCCUACUUCGAGCGGCUCGAGUCGGCCGGGUCCGAGACGCUGGACGCGCUCCUCCGGUCGGAGUCGGAGCAGGGCCGGCCGGUGCACGUGGUGGUGUACGACGCGUUCCUGCCGUGGGCGCUGGGUGUGGCGAGGCGGCGCGGCGCGGCGAGCGCGGCGUUCCUCACGCAGACGUGCGCCGUGGACAUCCUGUACGCGCACGCGUGGGCCGGGCGGCUGCCGCCGCCACCGCUACUGCGGCCGGAGGAGAUACGGGGCCUGGAUGGGCUGUCGUGCGAGCUCGAGAUGAGCGACAUGCCGACGUUCCUGACGGACACGAGCUAUCACCCGUCUUUCAGGGAGUUGCUGGUGAACCAGUUCAUGGGGUUGGACACUGCCGACCAUGUGCUCGUCAACUCAUUCUACGAUUUGGAGCCGCAGGAAGCGGACUACUUGGCAUCUACGUGGAGAGCCAAGAUGGUGGGCCCAACCAUUCCGUCGGCAUUCCUCGACAACCGCCUUCCAGACGACGUGUCCUACGGCAUCCACCUGCACACACCAAUGACAAUGGAAAGCAAGGCAUGGCUCGACGCCCAGAAGGUGCAGUCUGUUCUGUACGUCUCCUUUGGUAGCAUGGCCUCUCUGGAUCCUGACCAGAUGAGCGAGAUAGCCGAGGGCCUCUACAACAGUGGCAGGCCAUUCUUGUGGGUCGUUCGGGCAACGGAGACUGCCAAGCUACCCAAGGAUUUUGCCGACAAAACUAAGGUAAGGGGGUUCAUAGUGCCAUGGUGUCUACAGUUGGAGGUUCUAGCACAUCCAUCUGUCGGCUGUUUCAUGACACAUUGUGGUUGGAACUCGACGGUGGAAGCGCUUAGCGCCGGUGUGCCCAUGGUGGCGAUGCCGAACUGGUCGGACCAGACAACAAACGCUAAGUACAUCCAAGAUGUGUGGCGUGUUGGCGUGCGGGUGCGGCCAGAUGCCAAAGGAGUGGUGAGGAGCGAGGAGGUGGAGCGGUGUGUGCGGGAGGUCAUGGAAGGGGAAUUGUGCAAGGAGUUUAGGAUGAAGGCUUUAGACUGGAGUGACAAGGUUAAGAAGUCCAUGAGCGAAGGCGGAACCUCGGACACCAACAUUUCGGAUUUCCUAUCAAGUGUUGCUCAUGUGACUCAUGCCGACUGAUUCGUGAUAGCCCGAAGCGCAUUUAUAAGUUACUUGUAUUAUUUUCCUUCUUGAUAGAGAAAUGUAGGUCUCUUGCGUAUUUUAUAAGUAGGAAAAAGUUGGACACUCCUAAUAAUGGUCGAUAUGUAGAUCCUUUGGGUUUGAGGGGGCGUUUAAUUGCACCCAAGAUUUAUAGAUGAACAACAUAAUUUGUUGGCGUGUGCAAUA